AACCAAAUCUCACUCUCUUCUAAACUAAAGUCUCUCCUCGUUUCUCCCUCCGUCUCUUUCUCUCACUCUCUCAUUACUACAAGUACUAACCUUUUCUCCUUUUCUUACAUCGAGUUUGGAUUUUGAUGAAGAAAUUGUGGGUUUGAGUCACCUAUGGAGGGAAAGAAAGAGGUAAAGAUGGAGGAGGUGAUGGGAUCUUCAUCAUUUCUGGAUUAUAUCCCGACUUCUUACCAAGGGGUGUUUGAUUUGGGUGAAGGGGAGAAGAACAGUGGUUCAUUAGGGUUUAUGGAGCUUUUGGGUCUUCAAGAUUUUGGUCCUUCUCUGUUAGAUGAGGGGCAGGUGACAACUAUGGCGCCGACGUCGGUUCUGAAUCCGGCCGGUGGAAAGAUUGAAUCUCCAGAGGUUUUGAAUCCUCCUGCCACGCCUAACUCUUCCUCUAUUUCGUCAGAAUCAUGUGAGGCUGUGAAUGAUGAACCGGUCAAAGUUGAAGACCAAGAAGAAGAUCAACAGAAAACAAAAAAGCAGUUGAAACCCAAACCCAAGAAGACAAAUCAGAAGAGACAGAGAGAGCCGAGGUUUGCGUUCAUGACAAAGAGUGAGGUUGAUCAUUUGGAAGAUGGGUACAGAUGGAGAAAGUACGGCCAAAAAGCUGUAAAAAACAGCCCUUAUCCUAGGAGCUAUUAUCGUUGCACCAGUGCGUCAUGUAAUGUGAAGAAAAGGGUUGAGAGAUCUUUCAGUGAUCCAAGCACUGUAGUCACAACAUAUGAAGGACAGCACACGCACCCAAGCCCAAUCAUGCCUCGUCCAAAUCUCUGCGGUGGUGCUCAGCUGACCUCGGUCGCCGGAGCUGCUGCCGCACCCUUUCGCAUGUCAAUGCAAGUGACCACUCCAUCUCUCUACCAUCAACACCCCUUCCUCAACAACUUAUCACCUCUGAACUUCCCUCAAAAUGGCACUAGUCUUCUUCAUGAGAGGCGGUUUUGCACUCCAGCCCCGGUAUCGGCCUUUCUUAAAGACAAUGGACUUCUUCAGGACAUUAUACCAUCCAAUAUGAUGAAAGAAGAGUAGAUAUAUAAUUAUGGGUAAUUCUGUUUACUGACUUUGGUGAAAUUAAGAAGGAGAUGAGAUCAAGUAGAUGGAAAUUUGGAAACAAAAAAGAAAAAAAAAUUAAACCCUUUUAGUGGCGUGUAAUUUUCUUGCUAACAGAGGGGACAAUAAUUCUUUUGCCCUCUUUAUACAAAUCCUUUAGUUGAAUAUUACUGUAACUUGGCUGGUUUCUUUAUCAAAUGCAAACUGCUAUAUUCUUGUUUGGGUUGAUUUCGUCUUUCCUCAUUCAGCCUUGGUGGGUAAAUGAAGAGAUAUAGACACA